AUGACGAAUCAUAAACAGAUAUCAUACAAUAAAAAUUCAACAUCAUUGCCAACAAAAGGUGAAACAAGUCAAAUAGAAAUAAAUAAAUUAUACGAUUUAGCUAAUCAAACUGAACAUGAACUUCGAAAAGCAAUCGAUUCAAAUAUGGCACGUAAUGAACAACUGAAUAUGCUAUUAGAUCGGACUGAUUUAUUAUUGCAUAAAAAUCAAGCGUUCGGUUACGGUGUUAUGGAUUAUCGAAAAGAUAUUGAACGAAAACAAUCAAUAAAUAAAAUAAAAUAUUUUGCUAUUGGAAUUCUUCUUCUAGUUGUUGUAGUUCUCGUAGUAAUCUUAAAUAUUAUUUUAAAUCAGACAAAUAAUAUAUCUGAUAGGAGUACAAAUAUUGUACUGGAAUGA